GACGACUCGGCCCAACCUGCGCGGAGGAUUCCCCGCUCUUGGCUGGCUGUGGCCGCGCUCAGAAAAAGGCUCCUCAUGUUCCGGCAGGUGCUGCGGGGCCGCUUGUCGCCCCACAUGCUGCCCCUCAUGGCUGCCGUGCUGCUGGAGCGGAAGGGGAGGAAAGAGACGGGCUUCUAUCACUGGAGGCGGGAGAAGCACCCUUACUAUAACCUCACAGUGAAAAUCCUCCGAGCCAGAAACAUUAAAGGAACAGAUCUUUUGUCUGAGGCAGAUUGCUAUGUUGAACUGCGUAUGCCAACUGCAUCACCACUCACUUACCGAACGCGAGUUAUUGACAACUCCAGUGAUCCAGAAUGGAAUGAAACUUUCCACUAUAGAAUUCACAAUGCUGUCAAGAACACGCUUGAGUUGACACUCUUUGAUAAAGAUGUUCUCUUAAGUGAUGAACUUACUUCUCUCGUGUAUGAUGUGACAGCGAUGAAGACAGGUCGCCCUCUGAAACAAACAUUUAAACUAAAAGAGGACAAAGAAGAGCUGGAUGUAGAGUUUCUUCUGGAGGAAAGCAUGGAUGCUCCUGGUGAAGUCAUCACAAAUGGUGUCCUUGUGGCGUACCCUUGCCUUUGCGUGCAAGGGGUUAUUAACAAAGAUGAAAAGCCACCUCUGAGAGAGCAGGGAAGCAGACUGUUCAAGCUCUCACUUCCAGGCGCCUAUGAGAAGCAGCUGUCCAUUCCUUGCAAAUCGGACUCCGAUCAGAGUUGUGGAAACUCAUUUGUCUUUCAUGUAGGCCAAGGGAUGUGUUCAGAACUGGAUGUGGAGUUAGAGCGAACCAUUACCAUCCUUCAGGAUGGAGUGAGCCCAGACUUUGAAGAGCAUAGUACAAUUCUUGGAUCAGGGAUUGUUCCAUUGCAGUCCCUUCCUCUGGGAAAGGAAGUUGAUAUGGCUGUUUCACUAGGAAAGGAUUUAAGUGUGGAUCUACACGUGAAGGCUGAAAAAAUGACAAAAGAUCUUGAUGUACGUCUGGGUUUUGAUCUUUGUAAAGAAGAGAAACAGUUUCUGGACCAGAGGAAGGAAAUAGUAUCUCAGGCACUAAAGAAGACGCUGCAAUUGAGAGAGGACCUUGAUAAAGAAGAGGUACCUGUUGUAGCAGUCCUAGGAUCUGGUGGAGGCAUCAGAGCACUGACAUCAUUUUAUGGCAGCCUGUUUGGGCUUCAGCAACUAAAUCUUCUUGACUCUGUCACGUAUCUCUCUGGGAUCUCAGGCUCUACAUGGUGCAUGUCAAUGCUGUAUAAAGAUUCUGAGUGGUCCAGUAAAGAUCCCGGAGACUUUAUCAGCACUGCCCGGGAUAAAAUGUCAAGCAGUAAAGUAGGAGCUUUUUCUUCAGAGCAGCUGAAGUAUUACUUUCAAGAACUGGUUGCAAUGGAGAAUGCUGGACGGAAAGUGUCUUUCACAGACCUGUGGGGACUUAUUGUAGAGUUUUUCCUACAGCAGAAGGAAGACCAGUCAAAGCUGUCUGACCAGCAAGAAGCUGUGAAACGGGGGCAGAAUCCCUACCCAAUCUAUGCAUCCGUUAAUGUGAGGCCCAAUGUUAGUGGUGGUGACUUUGCAGAAUGGUGUGAGUUCACGCCCUAUGAGGUUGGAUUUCGCAAGUAUGGUGCUUUUGUCCGAACAGAAGAUUUUGACAGCGAGUUCUUCAUGGGGCGACUGAUUAAGAAACAUUCUGAGCCCAGGAUCUGCUACCUGCAGGGAAUGUGGGGCAGUGCCUUUGCUGCGAGUCUGGAUGAUGUAUUUUUGAAGGUGGUUGGUUCAGGACUGAGCUUUCUAGAAUCUCUUGGUGAUGUUGUCAAAGUUAUUGAUGACUGUCGACGAUCCCAUCUCCGGGAUCCUAUGAGGCUGAAGACCCGUCUGGUUAUACCUGGCGGACCCUUGAUACAAAUUUUCCAGGACUUCUUCAAGUCUCGUGUUACAGCUGGGGAAACUUUCAAUUUCAUGCAAGGAUUGUACCUGCACAAGGAUUACGUCAGAGUCAAUAAAUUUGUGCUCGGGAAAGGUACUCAUUUAGACGCUUUCCCUAAUAAGUUGACUCCAAUGGAAGAAAGUCUGUACCUUGUGGAUGGUGGCUUUUCCAUCAAUUCUCCCUUCCCCUUGGUACUGCAACCAGAGAGAGAUGUUGAUGUCAUCCUAUCAUUCAAUUAUUCUUGGGAAGCGCCGUUUGAGGUCUUAGAAUUGACUCAGAGGUACUGCAAAGAACGGGACAUUCCUUUCCCAGAAAUCAUCUUCACCAAGGAAGAUAAAGAAAAUCCCAAGGAAUGUUAUAUGUUUAUGGAUGCUGAGAAUCCCAAGGUUCCUAUAGUCCUUCACUUCCCUCUCGUUAAUGACACCUUCCACAAAUACAAAGCACCAGGAAUAGAACGUGAAUCAGAAGAGGAGAAAUCCUUUGGUGAUUUUGUGAUUGGAGGAAUAGACUCGCCAUACUGGACACUAAACUUCACCUAUGAACCGGAAGACUUUGACAAACUGCUAGAAUUGAGUCGCUAUAAUGUACUGAAUAACAAGGAAGCUGUUUUUAAAGCAUUAAGUAUGGCUUUAAGCAGACGAAAGAAGAAAAGAGGAUUAGGGUUUCUUUGAAAACUGGGAAGUGAAUGGAUUGCAGUGCUUUUAUGAAAGAUCCCACUAGAAAUGAAUGAAUCUUUGCGGGGUCCUUUUUAUGUGAAUGGAUGUUGCACUGCGAAAUUCUCUUCUGAUUGCACUGGAAACUUAAGUUUACAUACAAAGAAAGCUGUUCUUUCCUUUUUCUGUUCAGUAAGGAAAAUUUGCAGUGGAUUAAACUUGGCAGUAGGUUUCCAGUGCUACAGGUCCAAUAUUUAAGAAGUCCAUUUCUGAAUGUCCACUGGGGUACAUAUUUCAUCUGAUAUCAGGGUGGGGAAAUCUGAGAACCAUUUUAUAUUUAUUUUUA